GUAAAGGCCAUGUCCAUGUGAGGAGUUUGGAGAAACUGGGUUGGAGACCUUCCUCUUUUCAAGUGAAACUUUGUAAUACCCCAUGUGCACACAAAACAAGGAAAAUGGCUUGACUUGCCCUGGUACUGGCACUGUUACUAGGACCUGUCUUUGAAAUGUCUUAUCAGUUACCUUGUUCCAUGAAAAACGACUUCAAGCAUUGUGAGCAAUGCCAGGGGGGAAUCAAGAACAGCGUUGAAGAAAAAUGUAAUGUGGACGUUCCUGAACACAGGAUACAUUUUGAAAACAAUCCAGUAACGUUUAUAGGAAUUGGAAGCAGAAGCAGAAGCACAACAGUAAAAUUGCCAGCCAAGCAAACAGGUCCAAAAUAUUGAAAGUUUUCAUUAAUCACCCAAAGGUCCAAGCAAGAAUGAAGUCCUGUAAGUGUACUGAAUGUGGGAAAAGCUUUAAAGAAAAAAAUGCCUUUGUGAAACACCUGAAGAUCCAUUCGGGAGAGAGACCGUACAUAUGCUUGAUCUGUGGGAAAAACUUCACUAAGAAGUCAAGCCUUGUAAUUCAUCAGCGAAUCCAUAGCAGAUCAAAACCUUUUGCCUGUAAUGACUGUGGGAAAACAUUUGGUCAAAAAUCAAACCUCCUGAUCCACAAUAAAACCCACAUAUUGAAGAAAGUUAAUAACAGCAAAAGCCUAACUUGUGUCUCUAAGCACCCAGACCGUAGCGAAAGGCAAAGAGCAGAGAAAUCAUACAGGUGUCCGGAGUGCAAGAAGACGUUUGUCCUACACAAAAAUUUAAUUAAGCACCAGAAAAUCCAUGCCAGAGUGAUGCCACAAAGUCCUGAAAUGGUAGGUCUGCCUGUUCAACAGAAAACAGAGGAUUGUUCUGGGCUAAUCCUCCAGGAAUUGAGGAAGAUGAGAGAGAAUGUGGACAUGCUUCUCCUCAACCAGCAGAGUCAGCUCCAUGUUCUGCAAGAGAUUCAGAAGCAGCUUGGCAUCCUUAUUCCUGGCAAUGACCUCAUAAACUCAAAUGUAUAUAGCCUGGGCCGUUUGCUAGCUCAGCAAGCUGCAGCAAUGGGAUCCACAUCUUUUCCUCUCCUCCUCCACCCAAGUAACCUCCUUCCAGAAAGUGCACGGCCUUUCUCCUCUCGAGCUUCAUCUUAAUCUGAAAUUCCUUUGACAUAGUAUUUAGCUGCCUUGUACCUCUAUAGGGACCUUCUACACACUUUCUGAAACAUGCACCAUAUGUACUGAUUUCUUCUUAUGUGGAGAUGGGCUAGAAUCCUGUUUGGCAAAGUGGAAGAACUCUGUAAGCGGAGAGCUCCUCAUUCUGCUCCUUGCAACCUCCAUCUUGCAUUUUGACAAGCUAGAUAUUGCCCCACUGAAAGGAGUGGGACUUUCCCAAUGCACAGGAGGAUAGUGCAAGACCCUCUUGCACAACCUCGUAGACAAUAAACUGUGCAAGCCAAGAGAGAUUGCUGGCUCAGAACAACAAAAAGAUUUUGGCUAUGAAUUUGGGCAUGUAAUGCUACAGCCCAACCCAAUUACUUUUUAAAAAAUAACAAGAAGUGAGAUUAAUUCCAUUGGUUUUAAAUUACAGUUUUGAAAUACAUUUCCACUAUCAUGUGGGUCAGUUUGAAUGUCACAGGAUUAUUCAGUUUGAUUUAGACUUGGCUUCCUGGAGCCACUUCUUAUACCUCUCUGUUUAUGAUUAAAUCACUUUGAUUAUGGAUCUUUCUAAAUUUGAAAUCAAUCUGUACAGUGUAUUAAUACAGGACCAGAUUUUAUUUCUUUUAAUGCAUGUUUAGGUUGGUGAUUGUUAAAUCAACAAAGUUCCUUCCUGAGUAGCACAGAAAAUAGAAAUGAUGAGCAAGAUGUAAGGCAAUGUAAUUAAAAGGGAUGUUUACAACUAGAGAUGAGGGUAUUUGUAUUCAUGUAUGAAGAUGACUACCCCCAUCUCUAUUUAUAACACCAUGGAAUAAGUCUGUAUGUGUUAUCCACCGGUUCAGAUAAAUGUGUAUCUGUAACCCUGAUUUAAUUUUAACUUUGCUUGUAUGAGUCACAGAGCACUAAAUAAAUGUGGUAUUGAAUCUU